CAGGAGCUUCCCCUGUGCCACUACAGGGAGAGAUUGGUUUAGGCCAGUAGGGGGCGUGGUGAAAUUGAGUACUCAGUCUACGUCCGGCGGCCAGAGCUGUCGGAUGUCAGGAGAGCAGCUUUCCUGGGAGCCCGCUAUAGCGGAGAGAUAGUGCGAAGGGGGAGCUUAGGAAACUCCGAGGAUUACAGCGAUGGAGGGGGGAGCAGAGAAAGAGCCAGCGGCCUUCCCCCAGCCAUUACCUCCACUACCGCCACCACCACCGCCGCCGCCCCCCCUGCAGCCCUGCUCCAGCGCGGAGAAUGAGGCGGAGAGUCGGCAGGGCUCGGAGGAGAGGAGCGGGGAGAGGGCCGCACUCAACCUGCUGGAGACCUGCGGGGUGUGCCGGCAGAACAUCCAGAGCCGGAGCCCCCGCCUGCUGCCCUGCCUGCACUCCCUGUGUCUGCGCUGCCUGCCCCCCCCGGAGAGAUACCUCAGCAUGCCCGCCGGGCCCCCCCAGCACAGCGCCCCGGGGCCCCCGCCCAACCCCGGCACCGUGCAGGGUGAGUGCUCCGUCUGCUGCCCAGCGUGUGCCCACAUAGCUCGGCUCCCAGAAACCAUCUCCAUCCCCCCCCUCCCUCUCCCUCCAUCUCAAACUAGUCAUCCUUAA